AUGAGGGCUCAUGGACAACGUACCCCUCACUCCCUCAUGUCAUCCUACCGCUCGAUACCCGGAGUGCUGCUCAGCACGCUCGCGCUCUUGGGUGUCACGCAUGUCCGAGGAGACUUCGCCUCCGACUGCUCCGCGCUCAUUGACCAGAUCAGCCUCGACAACGUCACCGUGCUCUCGACGGACUUCGUAGCGGCUGGCACGAAUGUGAGCCUCGGGAACGUCCCUGCUUCGUGCAAACGGCCAUCGCACCAUGUCGCCAGUUCUGACCUCUGUCGCGCGGUCAUGAAUGUCUCGACCUCUGCACGUAGCGGAAUACGUAUGGAGGCAUGGUUCCCGAAGAACUAUACCGGUCGAUUCUUGAGUGCAGGGAACGGCGGUCUCGGAGGAUGCAUUCAGCACGACGACCUCGACUACGCUGCUUCGCUAGGCUUUGCUGCCGUCGGCGCGAACAACGGGCACGACGGCAUAACCGGCGAGCCCUUCUUCAACAACCCGGAUGUCGUUGCCGACUUCGCCUGGCGUUCGCUGCACACUGGUGUCGUCGUCGGCAAGCAGCUUGUCGAGACCUUUUACGGCGUCCCGCACAACAAGUCAUACUACUUGGGAUGCUCCACGGGUGGCCGACAAGGCUUCAAAGCGGUGCAGGACUUCCCCGACGACUUUGAUGGCGUCGUCGCGGGUGCGCCCGCCUUCGCUUGGACGGAGAUGUUGUUCUGGGCCGGCACGCUGUUCAUGACGACCGGGACGCCGGAGGACCCGACCUUCGUGUCGACUCAUGACGGGUGGACAAUCAUCCAUGACGAGGUGCUCAAGCAGUGCGACGCGCUCGACGGUGCAGCAGAUGGCAUCCUCGAAAAUCCCGACCUCUGCAAUUUCGACUUGACGUCGCUCAUCUGCGCAGACGACAACGCGACGAACUGCCUAACGGAGACACAGGCGGAGACCGUACGCGCGGUACUCAGCCCCGUCUACGAUAAGGACGGCUCAGUUCUGCACCCACGGAUGCAACCAGGCGCCGAAUACCUUGCGGGCCUGGUUGCGUCCACCGGGCAGCCCAGUGCGGUCACCACGGAUUGGUACCGCUACGUCAUCUAUAAUGAUACCACCUGGGACCCCACCACCCUUUCCCUCGACGACUACACCGCCGCCAGAGUGCAGAACCCCGCUGGCGUCGACUCCUACAAGGGCGACCUCUCCGCCUUCGCCGCCUCCGGCGGCAAAGUCCUCCACUACCACGGCCUCGCGGACGGCCUCAUCACCUCCGACAACUCGAAGCGCUACUACGCCCACGUCCAGCAAACCAUGAACAAACAGCCCGCCGAGCUCGACGACUUUUACCGCUUCUUCCCCAUCAGCGGCAUGUCGCACUGCAUUGACGGGCAGGGCGCAUACCGCAUCGGCAACGUCGCGGGUGCGGCGGGGAUGAGCGCGGAUGAGAAUGUGCUAAUGUCGAUGGUGCGGUGGGUGGAGGAGGGCGUGGCGCCGGAGGUCGUGCGCGGUGUGGACGCAAACGGGACGUAUUGGCGCGCGCACUGCAAGUGGCCGAAGACGAACAAGUACGUUGGGCCAGGGGCCUACGAAGACGAGUCAGCCUGGCAGUGCUCUUGA